AUGGCAAAGAGCUCAUCGGGUCAUCUGGCCUUUGAGGCCAACGAGUUUAUCAAACUACACCACACCAAUUUUGAGCUCACCGCCUUUGACAGCUAUGAUGAUAAGCUGGUCUUUGGCACCAGCAACAACAAACUCGUGAUUUAUACCAUCGAAAACUAUCCCGUGCCGUACGGCGAGCAGCCCAACUGUAAAAUGCUGGCGCCCGUCACCAUCGAAGCCCACGCUGGUACCUCCAGCAGUCCUAUCCGCCAGGUCAAGGCCAUCAAGGAAAUGAACCUCCUUUUGGUGCUGGUGGAUACCACUUUGGUGUGCUUUGAGCUGGCCACACGACGCUUCAAAUCCAGCCUCAGUGGUUACAAGGGCAUCACUGCCUUCGCUGCUAGUCUGCAGGUCAAGAAUGACCCAAGCGCUGAUACCCAUCACCGAUCCACGGCCCAGCUGCCACCUCGCGAGCGCAUGCUUGUUAAGAUUGCAGCUAUCCGCAAGAAAACAAUCUUGUACAUCAAAGUCAAAGACCACGAGCUCACCAUGCGCAAGGAGUUUGCUGUGCCGGAUGUCCCUGCCAUGGUGGAAUGGUGCGACCGCGACAUCAUUCUCAGCUUUCGAAAGGAGCGCGAAUACGUCAUCAUGCGCUUGGACGAGGAGAACAUGGGGCGGACACAGGUGCUUCAAAACGUGACCACAUCUCCAGAACCCCUUGUGGUCCCCCUGCCAGACCACGAGUACAUCAUUGGCGUUGAAGAGCAAGGGACCAUCAACACAAUAUUUCGCAAGUUCCAGGGCCAAAGUCAACCCCACAAAUUUGGCAUCGAGUGGAAGCAAAUGCCCAAGACCGCAGAUGUGUAUGAACCGUUUCUUGUUGGCAUCAGUUCACAAGGGUUUCAUGUCAAGCCUUUCGAGGGGCAGCUACAUACAUCAAACAUUCAAACAAUCAAGUUUACCGAUGAGCCACGCUUCAUGACCGUGGACAAGCAUGUCUUCGUCGCCUUGCCUCAUAGCUGUGUCAUGAUGGCCAUGGUGCCGCUGGAUAUCCAGGUGGAGAACCUUUGCCUGUCAGAAAACUGGCCGCUUGCGGAGCAAUUAGCGCACGUCUUUCUGAAGAAGCACGGGGAGUCAGAGCGACAGCAAAUGCAACUCCGACUCACGCUCAAUGCUUUGCCCUUGAUGAAUGUCUCGCAAGACGCCAAAAGCACACGUCUGGCCGACAUUCAACAGAAAUACGGCUACACGCUUUUCCGAGAGAAGAAAUUUGACGCUGGCCUCGAGAAGCUGAAGAGGUUGCCAAAUGGCAUUAAGCUGGCGCUGAAGCUCUGUUAUUGGAUGGUGCAGGACCAGCAAAGGCCUGCGCAAGACCUGCAUCUCAGCGACAAGGAAAAGGAAGCUGCUAUGGUGGCCCUUGCAGACUUUCUCACGGACGUCCGACAGCGUCGAAUCAACAACAAGCAGGAUUUUGAGCUGUCAGAGGAGCAAAAGGAACUUGACCUGCAAGUGGCAGACACCAUGCUCUUGCAAUGCUACCUGGAGGUGCCGAGCAAGCGUGCACUGACCAAGGCGUUUAUGCGCAUCCCAAACAACCAUUGCGACCUCGAGAAGAGCCGUCAACUGUUGGAACAGCAUGGCAUGACGGAAGAGCUGAUUACGCUCUACAAAACGCGAGAAAUGCAUGAUCAGUCCCUCAAGUUGAUUCAUGCCAAAACCAAAUCGGAUGAGGUGGCGCGCGUGACCGAGGUUGCCGCUUACCUCAUGGAGGUGGCUUGCAAGGAUAUCGACGUUAUCCUCAAGUACCUGCCAGAUGUCCUCAAGUCCGAUCCUGAAUUGGCAAUGGAAAUUAUUCUGACACCUGACCGCGAUGACGUGGAGCACAGCGUGCCCCAUUUGAAGAUUUGCAAGGCACUGCAAUCUACAGUAGCACAGCUCCCGGCGCGCGCGGCAGGCCCUGUCACCGCUGAUAAAGAUGCCAUUACCAUCCAGAACUUUGUGAUUCUCUACUUGCGGAGCGUGAUUGAUGACUUCAAGGACAAGACACCCGAGCUCAGCACCCAGCUUGCCCUCGCCUACCUUGACUUUAUUAUUCCAGAGCUCAAGGCUUAUCGCAAGCAGUGCAAGCAAGACCGCCGAGAACCAGCUGACCUCGGCAUGGAGCCGGGCAGUCUGGGUGCCUACCGUCAACAACUCUAUCAGAUGCUCAAGACGAACAAGCUCUACGAAGCGGGCACGGUGAUCCAACGCAUCAAGUCCAAUGUGGAAGAUUCUAAAUUGCUGCAAAUCGAAUUGGCCGUACUGUUUGGUCGCAUCGGACGACACCAGGAGGCUCUCGAGAUCCUCGUUUAUCAAGAGCGUGACUAUCGUGCAGCGGAGGAUCACUGCGUUCAUGUGUAUGCUCCAGAGGGACCGAGCCGUCAAGUCUUCAUGAUGUUGCUCAAGCUCUAUCUCGAGCCACCAGCUGAGACGCCGGAGGCGCUCAAGACUACUUAUCGUGAGGAAUCUCUCAAGAUCUUGGCGGUGCACGCAACGAAAGUCGACGCGCGCGAAGCCAUUGACCUUUUAUCUCUGCAGACGAGAUUGUGUGACAUUGGAGACUUUUUGCGUUCAAUCUGGAAGGAACGUUCGACCACCCGCAAACGCACAGAGCUGGCUCGUAACCUGGCCAAGACAGAAAAUCUACAGACACAGGAGCGGCUACUGCGCUACCACAAUCGCAACGUGCGCAUUGCCGAGCUCACUCCUUGUGCGACAUGCCACAAGCCGUUGGGCAACCGCCCCUUCGGCGUGUAUCCUUGUGGUCGUCUGGCACACUUGAAUGCGCAAUGCAAGCCGGAUUUGUGCCCACAGCACGCGCAAGAGUGUCGCUUGGAUUUGGAUUAGGUUUGACUCGUUUUUUCUUUUUUUUCUUUUCUGGAUUUAAAUUCAUAUCCCUUCUGGUC